AUGCCUCGCCGUGGUCGUGAAGCUUCUCCGGCUAUGUCCGAGAACGAGUUCGACAUCACGAGUGCACUUUUCCAAAAUGACAACGAUUCCGACGUCGAUGUCGGCAACUCGGCUCCCCGACAGAAACCCAAUACCACGCAAGACCUUGAUUUUCUCAACGCCGAUGAUGACGGUGAUGCGGCCUUCAUUGCGACACAACAGGCAUCGGCGAACCGAAAAGGCUCCAAUCUCAAGGGGCGUACGGUGAAGAAAGGUGGUGGCUUCCAGGUCAUGGGUCUCAAUUCCAAUUUGCUCAAGGCCAUCGCGCGCAAAGGUUUCUCAGUCCCGACUCCCAUUCAACGAAAGACAAUUCCUGUGAUUAUGGACGACAAGGACGUUGUCGGUAUGGCUCGAACUGGUUCCGGAAAGACUGCAGCAUUCGUCAUUCCCAUGAUUGAGAAAUUGAAGAGCCACAGCGCCACGUUCGGUGCUCGCGCUUUGAUCAUGUCGCCCUCGCGUGAACUUGCUCUCCAGACUUUGAAGGUUGUCAAGGAAAUGGGACGUGGUACAGAUUUGAGAUCGGUCUUGCUCGUUGGUGGUGAUAGUCUGGAGGAUCAGUUCGCCAUGAUGGCCGGCAACCCCGAUAUCGUGAUCGCGACACCCGGUCGAUUCUUGCACUUGAAGGUCGAGAUGGACCUUGACCUUUCGAGUAUCCGUUAUGUCGUUUUCGACGAGGCUGAUCGACUUUUCGAAAUGGGUUUCGCCGCACAACUGACUGAAAUUCUUCAUGGCCUUCCGUCCCAUCGACAGACACUCCUUUUCUCAGCUACUCUUCCCAAAUCGCUUGUGGAAUUUGCGCGCGCUGGUCUGCAAGAGCCCAGCCUUGUGCGUCUAGAUACUGAGAGCAAGAUCUCUCCCGAUCUUCAAAAUGCGUUCUUUGCUGUCAAGUCGUCCGACAAGGAGGGUGCAUUGCUUCAUAUCUUGCACAACAUCAUCAAAAUGCCAACUGGUCCUACCGAGGCUACGCAACGGUUCAAGGCAGAAGGCGACAAUUUCAAGGACAGAAAGCGCAAGAGACCGCACUCAGGAAGGUCUAUCUACAAGGAGUCUCCCACAGAACACUCUACCAUUGUCUUCGCUGCGACGAAACAUCACGUCGACUAUCUCUACUCCCUCCUGGUUGAAGCCGGGUUUGCCACAUCAUACGCCUACGGUAGUCUUGACCAACUGGCAAGAAAGAUUCAGGUCGAGAACUUCAGGAAGGGAAUUUCCAACAUCCUUGUUGUCACUGACGUGGCUGCUCGUGGUAUUGAUAUUCCCGUUCUGGCCAACGUGAUCAACUACGAUUUCCCUUCCCAGCCUAAGAUUUUCGUUCAUCGUGUUGGUCGUACAGCCCGUGCCGGGCAGGCUGGUUGGAGUUACAGUCUGGUCCGCGACGCGGAUGCCCCAUAUCUACUUGAUCUCCAACUGUUCCUGGGUCGACGUUUGGUCGUAGGCCGUCAAUUUGGGACUGAGGUCAACUACGCCGAAGACGUAGUCACCGGUACUCUUUCCCGCGAUCCGCUUUCUCAGAGCUGUGAAUGGGUCAACAAAGUCUUAGCUGAGUCUACCGAUAUUGCCUCGCAGCGUCAGGUCUCAGUUCGAGGUGAAAAGCUGUACAUGCGCACUCGAAACGCUGCAUCCAUCGAGAGCGCCAAGCGAGCUAAAAAGGUCACGGCCACCGAGGAUUGGUCUACGCUUCACCCCCUGUUCAACGACGAUGAGAGCCAGAUGGAAGCAGAACGUGAGAAGAUGCUCGCCCGUAUCGGCGGCUUCCGGCCAUCGGAGACCGUCUUCGAGGUCCAGAACCGACGUGGAGGCAAGCAAGAGGGCGGAGAAACUAUCGAUACCAUCAAACGACUCCGUGCCACAGUCGACAAGAAGAAGCUCCGUGCCCAAAGCAAGGAACAGUCCGAGCUGGCCGAACUGGGUAUCACCGUUAAACAGGCGAAUGGUGGGAAUGACGAUGUUGAGGAUGAUGACAUUCCCGACGAAGCUGGAGAUAACAUGUCCGAGGCAGACGAGUCUGACCUCGAAGUCACUUUCUCCUCCUACAACCAGAAGGGCAAAACUGAUCAGUCGAAUGAGAUAUCGGCAACUUCAUUCCAGAACCCCGAUUACUUCAUGGGCUACACACCCGCAAACCAUAACAGUGCAGAAGACCGUGCCUACGGUGUUCACUCUGGUACCAAUUCCAACUUCGCGCACGAGUCGCGCAACGCGACUAUGGACCUCAACGGAGAUGAAGGCCAGAAGAACUUUGGUGAGAACCGUUCUGUCAUGCGCUGGGACAAGCGACACAAGAAGUACGUCGCCCGUCAGAACGACGAGGAUGGAUCCAAGGGCACACGCCUUGUCCGUGGUGAGAGUGGUGCCAAGAUUGCCGCCAGUUUCCGCAGCGGACGAUUCCAGAGCUGGAAGAAGGGCAAGCGUAUGAGCAACCUGCCUCGCGUGGGUGAAGCGGAGACGCCUGGUCUCUCGACCGGUUCGGGCAUACCGGGUGCGCAUGGCCCCGGUGGUCGAUUCCGACACCAGAGGCAACAGGCUCCCAAGCGGGCCGACCCGUUGCGUUACGACUACGAGAAACAGAAGAAGAAGAACGACACUGCUCGGGACCGUCAGCAAUCACAGGUUGGCGGUGCUGCCUCUCACGGAAAGAGUGAGAUUCGCUCGACUGAUGAUAUUCGGAAGGCGCGGAAGCUGCAGCAGAGACGCCGUGAAAAGAACGCGCGCCCUUCGAGGAAGCGUUAAAAAGGGGAAGCGAGGGAGGAUGGAUGAAGUCUUGUAUACAUAGUCUAGGGAGGUGCAUCGUUUGGAUGAUGUCUAUACCUGCCAUCUGCAUUGGAGAUACCACACCAAUUAUUGUUAUCAUGAACACAACCAUAUUCAGCC